CCCUUCUCCCAAUCCGAACGCCCUAGUGCUGGGGGGAAGGGCCCUUGGCUGGCAAGUCCCACCUAAGGGAUCAAAAUGGGUGCUUUUUUGUUGCUUCCCUUUCUGUGGGCUGGGUGCAUGCCUGUGACGAAACCCAGCUCAAUUCACUCACACACCAGUGUGAUGCCCUCCAGACGCUUCCGUCACCUCUCCCUGUCCAUCGGUUCCCCAAGAGACCCCUCUCCAACCUCUACCAGUUCUCCCACAGUAGAACUGGGGCUGGUCGUAUAAAAGAAGAGACCGACCCCUUUGGAUCGUGGAUCCAUCAAAAGAGAGCGGAGCAUAUGCUGUGCCAAUUUAGAUGAGAAAGACCGAUAGGCUAUUCUAUCUAGCUUAGGCUUUUGUUAGGUUUAGCUAUGGGGGAUGAGGAUUUUGAGGAAGAGGAGGUGUGGGAUGCUGUGAGGGAGACGAAAGAUGAGAGCCCAAAGACUAGAAGAGGUAAGGAUUUCACUGGUUCUUCUACUAGUAGGCGUCUUCCAACUCCCUCCAAAAUGAUCCCCACAUCCAAUGCCAAUCCAGAGAGCAGUGGUGGUGCAUUUCGACGGUCUGCCCCCGUUGCCAUACCCGACUGGUCCAAGAUCUACAAGCACGAGGGCUCUUCUGAGAGCCAUGGUUACAGAUUCUAUGGCGACGAAGCUGACCAUAAUCGCGGCAAAUAUACCGUCGCCAACGGCGAAGACGACGACGACGACGACGAAGAUGAUGACGAUGAUAAGGUUCCUCCACAUGAAUGGCUGGCGAAGAAGAUGGCCAGGAGCCAGAUCUCAUCCUCCUCUGUGUGUGAAGGGGCUGGGAGGACCCUCAAAGGAAGAGACCUUAGCAAGGUGAGGAAUACUGUGCUCACAAGGACUGGGUUCUUGGAGUGAGGUGAAACAGUAGGAGUACUUUUUAUGUAGUCUUUUUGUGAGUCUCUAGUAAUUAGUGUGGGAUGCUGAAGGACGAUCUUUGAUGGCAAUGGGAAGAGUGAGUCACUGCUGCUUCGAGCUCUGUUUGGUUCCCUUUUUUUCUUAUAUUUAUUUUACUUUUCUUUCUUUCAAGGCCUGGCAGCACUGAGAUUUUGUCUGAUGAGUUGUGUCGCUGGUUCUAGGAGGUGAUGGGUAGUGUCUUUUGUACUGUGGCUUUUGGAUGUAACCACCUGUUCCUCCCUUGUUGGCUGCCGCUACUGCUGCUGCUGCCAAGGGGGAGUACAAGGUAUGGGUUCUUUUUUGCCAUGAAUCAAUGGAUUGCUUUCUGUUCAUUGUUUCACUUCG